CCACCCCUUCUCGGUGCUGCCAUCAGAAGAGGCCUCUGUGCAUUCUCGCUGCAAGUUGGAAGGAAGAAGAUGGCAAGAGCGGUGCCUUUUCCGAAAAGAUUCCAAGCGCGUUGGGCGACGCCUUUAUAACAGUCGUCCUCUUCUCCUCGUUGAUCUCCGAGCCAUACAAAAGCCUCGCGGCCCCUCGGUCCGCUCCGAGGUCCGAAGUCGAAUAGCUUGGGAUGAGAAGCUCCGCGCGGCACGAACGGCGAUGGGCGUCGGACACGGUGCCCAGAGGGAGCGCGAUCAGUGCCGGCUCGUCGCCGGGGACUUCUGGGAAGGCGCCGGACGAGAGCGAGGAGGAGUUCGUGGAGGUGACGCUCGACCUCCAGGGAGACGAUACAAUCGUGCUCCGCAGCGUCGAGCCGGCCUUCGUGGCGGACGCCGGGUACCUGUCCGACGCCACCGAGUCGGCUGCCUCGCGAUCGCCCUCGAUCGUGCGGAGCUCGUCUCACCGGCUGCGGCAGUUCUCCCAGGAGCUGAAAGCGGAGGCGGUAGCGCGGGCGCGGCAGCUGAAGGAGGACCUCAAGGCCGAGCUCAAGCGGUUCACAUGGGGCCACGGCCCGUCGCGAGCGGGUGCGGCCGCGGCCUCUUCCUCCUCCUCCUCUGCUGGGAUCGUCGGAGCUGUGUCCCCAGCGCUGGACUCCGCCCUGGCCGCCCGCGCGGCGCGGCGGCAGCUAGCGCAGCUGGAUCGGAGCCGAUCGGGCGCUAAGAAGGCCCUCCGUGGCCUCAGAUUUAUCAGCGGGAACAAAGCCAACGGCGUCGAUGCGUGGAACGAGGUCCAGAGCAACUUCGAUAAGCUGGCGCGCGACGGCUACCUCUCGCGCUCCGAUUUCGCCCAAUGCAUAGGCAUGAGGGACUCCAAGGAGUUCGCAUUGGAGUUGUUCGACGCAUUGACCAGGCGGAGAAGAUUGAACGCGGAGCGGAUCGGCAAAGAGGAGCUGCACGAGUUCUGGUGUCAGAUCACCGAUCAAAGCUUCGAUUCUCGCCUCGAGAUCUUCUUCGACAUGGUGGACAAGAACGAGGACGGCCGGAUCACCGAGGAGGAAGUAAAAGAGAUAAUAAUGCUGAGCGCGUCCGCAAACAAGCUGUCGAGGCUGAAGGAACAGGCUGAGGAAUACGCAGCUCUAAUCAUGGAGGAGUUGGAUCCCGAGAGACUCGGCUACAUCGAGCUCUGGCAGCUGGAGACGUUGCUGCUGCAAAGGGACACGUACCUCAACUACAGUCAGGCCCUGAGCUACACGAGCCAGGCACUGAGCCAGAACUUGGCUGGACUGAGGAAGAAGGGGCCCAUCCGGAAGCUGAGCACCAAGCUGGGCUACUACUUGGAGGAGAACUGGAAGCGGCUGUGGGUGAUGGCACUGUGGAUCGGGGUGAUGGCCGGGCUGUUUUCUUGGAAGUUCAUCCAGUACCGGAACAGGUACGCGUUCCAGGUGAUGGGGUACUGCAUCACCACCGCCAAGGGCGCGGCCGAGACGCUCAAGUUCAACAUGGCCCUCAUUCUCCUCCCUGUGUGUCGAAACACCAUCACCUGGCUUCGCUCCACCCGGUUGGCCCGUGCCUUGCCCUUCGACGACAACAUCAACUUUCAUAAGACGAUAGCGGCAGCGAUCGUGGUCGGGGUGAUCCUCCACGCCGGCGUCCAUGUUACCUGCGACUUCCCCCAUCUGAUCUCGGCCUCGCGUGAGAAGUAUGCGCCCUUAAGCCCUUACUUCGGAAAAACCAAGCCCACAUACUUGGAUCUAGUACGAGGCCUCGAGGGCGUGACUGGCAUCAUAAUGGUGGUCUGCAUGUUGGUGGCCUUCACGCUCGCGACGCACUGGUUCCGCCGAAGCCUGGUGAGGUUCCCCAAGCCCUUGGACAGGCUGACCGGCUUCAAUGCUUUCUGGUACUCCCACCACCUGUUUGUCAUCGUCUACGUGUUGCUCAUUGUCCACGGAGAACGCCUCUACCUCAUCCACGAGUGGUACAGAAAGACGACAUGGAUGUAUCUUGCAGUUCCUCUUCUGUUGUACGUUGGGGAGAGAAGCCUAAGAGCCCUGAGGUCCGGCUAUUACUCAGUUCGGCUCCUCAAGGUCGCCAUAUAUCCUGGCAAUGUUCUCACGCUACAAAUGUCGAAGCCCGUAGCGUUCCGCUAUAAGAGUGGUCAGUACAUGUUUGUUCAGUGCCCUGCCGUCUCGCCCUUCGAGUGGCAUCCCUUCUCCAUUACUUCAGCUCCGGGGGAUGACUACCUAAGCGUCCACAUAAGACAACUGGGUGACUGGACACGAGAACUACGACGCGUGUUUGCGGCGGCCUGUGAACCUCCGGUGGCGGGAAAGAGUGGCCUUCUAAGAGCCGAUGAGGCCACCAAGAAAAGCCUGCCCAAGCUUUUGAUAGACGGGCCUUACGGUGCUCCAGCUCAGGACUACAAGAAGUACGACGUUCUUCUGCUCGUCGGCCUUGGAAUCGGUGCCACGCCUUUCAUUAGCAUUUUGAAGGAUCUCCUCAACAACAUAGUCAAAAUGGAGGAGGAAAACGAGGCGCUCUUAGACGAUUGCCCACCGAAGCCACAAAACGGAGAGCGUGUCGAUUUGGCCACGCUUAUGAGGGCUUCGCGAAGAGUAACGUGGACGCUCAGAACCACCAAUGCAUACUUCUAUUGGGUGACACGUGAACAAGGCUCCUUUGACUGGUUCAAAGGAGUUAUGAAUGAAGUGGCCGAGUUAGAUCAAAGGGGCGUAAUUGAGAUGCACAAUUACUUGACAAGCGUGUACGAGGAAGGAGACGCUAGAUCGGCACUGAUCACCAUGAUCCAAGCUCUCAAUCAUGCUAAGAAUGGCGUCGACAUAGUUUCGGGCACCAGAGUGCGCACGCAUUUCGCGAGGCCGAAUUGGAAGAAAGUCUUCUCUAGGAUAUGCUCUAAGCACCCUUACGCCAAGAUAGGAGUAUUCUAUUGUGGCGCACCGGUGUUGGCGCAGGAGCUUAACAAGUUGUGCUACGAAUACAACCAGAAAAGCAGCACCAGAUUUGAGUUCCACAAGGAGCAUUUCUGAUCGCAUUACUUAUCCACACGGUAUAUAAUAAAUGUAUAGCCUUUUUUAUUUUAUUUUAUUUAUUAAUAUACAGAUGAGGAGAGAGAGAGAGAGAGAGAGAGAGAAUUUCUAGAAGUAGAUGUAAACACGUCUUGAAGGAAAAAAGGUUUUCAUGAUUGACCACUACAAGAGAGAGACAGGUGCGCCACAGCUGGAACAGCUAGUGGAGGUAGCAUUCGUGGACGGGUGCGAUUGGUUAAACAGCAAGUGGUGGUGGGACCGCCACUGGGAUCCCAUUGUGGCAGGUUGGCGUCCAAAUGGUUUUCCUAUUCGUAGCAGUCGAUAGGGAGUAGAAGGGAAGUGCGAUCUUGUUGUACAUUUCGUAUGUGAUCCAGCCCAGCUAUGUAGGUUACAACGGUGGCCAGUAAGUAUUGGGCAGUGCAUGCAUGGCCUGUUGCGAUUCCAUCUGUCUCAUAAAUCGUCCGACAUUGCAAUUUCUAGAAGCCAAUUGUUAAUUUUGAGUUGAUGUUCA